AAUUGUCUGGUAGCAGAGCCUCGCAGGUUUGGAAGGGAGGAGAGACUGAUGUUUAUUUUAAAAUGGUGAUAAAGAUGGAUAAAGAUAUAAAUUUAUGUGUCGCGUAGGUGGCGUAGAUAAAAAUUAGGUAAAGUGUAAAGUGUCAGUGACUGGAUUUAAAUAUUUAAAAAACAAUGGGGUGCGAUCUCAGCAAAUUGGCGUCAUCGACGACGCAGCCUAGUCAAGGUGGCAGAGAAUCGCCACCACCUCCAGCAGCGACUGAUCCGCGAUUACCAUUAACAGCGAGACAAAAAUUUACCAUUAUCGCAAGUUGGAAAGCCGUUGCACGAGCUAUGGAACCAACUGGAGUUUAUAUGUUUGUCAAGCUCUUCGAAGACAACAGCGAGCUCCUUAAUCUAUUUACCAAAUUUCGAGAACUUAAAACGAGAGAACAGCAAGCUGAGAGCAUGGAGCUCGCGGAACACGCGAAUACAGUUAUGGAAACUUUAGAUGAAAGUAUUAAAAGUCUAGAUGAUAUGGAUGCCUUCUUAACAUAUCUUCAUCAAGUUGGCGCAUCUCAUACCAAAAUACCAGGAUUCAACAAACAAUAUUUUUGGAAAAUAGAAACACCGUUUUUGGAGGCUGUUAAACGCACUCUCGAGGAUCGCUACACGGAUAAUGUGGAGACUAUAUAUAAACUUACGAUAAAGUUUAUAAUAGAGACGCUGAUCGAUGGGUUUGACAAAGCCCAGAAGUAAAAAAAAAUAUAUAUAUACUACGUUGCCAAAUGUUGAUUUUUUUCUACAUUUUAUUGGAGCAUUUCAACACAAAAUAGUGCAGCGUAUUUAAAAAAAAAACAAUUACACAAUAAAAUGGUCCAAAUUUAUGACUGAGACUUACUCGAUCGCUGCGCGGAUACAUUCUAGUCAAUUCCGUAUAUUAUUACCUGUAUUAACUAUUUUUACGGUCGAUUCUUCGUAUAAAUACUCGAGAAUGUUUGGGCAAAGACACAAAGAGAAAAGAAAAAAAAAUAAAUAUAUGGAUACAGACAAAAAAAGAGGGAACUUUGAAUCGAUGAAUCGUCUGCACGCUCGAGUGUGUUGAAAACUAAUAAUUACAUACUUAUUACAAAAGUGAAAAAUAGGUAAAUAUAUAUGUAUAUUUGCGUGUGUGUGGAUGUGCGAGCGGAUGAAUAUUUGAAUUUUAUUUACUUUCUGUAUAAUUUUAUAAUUAAUAUGAAUGACAUGAUUAACUAAAUGAUAAAACCGAAUUAUGUAAUAUUUAAUAAUUAUUAUUGAUUAAUAAUUACCAUUUAUUAUUACGUUAGUAAUAAAUGGAACAAAUAUUUAAAAAUUAAAGACAAGCGGAGGUUUUAUCCCCUCGCUACAAUGUCAAUUUACAAUGGGGUCUUUUACCUAAAAAAGAAAAAAAAAAAACACGUGUGUGUUCCUUGAUUAUUGAUGACGACGUAUAUUUUAUUCAGAUAAUUUUCCUGUCACGUUCAUCCGAGUUAUUUUGAGAAAAAUAAAUUUUUUUUUUACUCAUGCGUAAUUUAAAUAAAAAUACUAAGAGGCUUCCGAUUGAAUUAACGGUAAAGGGGAUGAACAUGACAUGUUGACUUCUCUAAUUGAUGUAUGAAUAAAACUAAAGAAAUAAUAUACAAACAUAUAUAGUAUCUUCGUAAAUAUACUCAGAAACAUGAAAUGGAGGUACAAAAUAAAAGUGUUUUACCGAAAGUCUUCAAGAAACCAAAAAAUUAUAAAUAAAACAUACA